AUGGACGCCUUCAGACUGUUGACAAGGUCAACUAAAUUGAAGCCGACUUCUGCCAGCGCAGACUCGCGUCUGCCAUCCACUGGCAAAGCGGCUAAUCCGCAGCUCUUCCGCACCACGGAGACCGAUGAGCUCGAAGCCAAGAAUGGCAAAAAAAGAAAGAGAGCCGCGGCCGCUCAACAGGACGAGGAAGAUGUUCCCGACCUCGACUUCUUCAGCUCAAACAAGCGUCCUGCGACCAGCGUGGCGGAAACAGUCGCUGCGACCGAGCAAGACGCCGAAAAGGCUCCCGUCCAGGAUGUAUCAGACGAAGCCGAGCCUAUGGAUGAAGUGCAGCGUCGUACGAUCUUGAACUCCCACAAGAUCAAAGUGACGGACAUGCGUGAUCUGGAAGAUAUUCAGACCCAGUCUGAAUCUACUAAGGACUCCAAGAAGAAGUCUAAGAAGUCCAAGAAGGAACAAGCGCCUGUUCUUAGCAAAAAAGAGCAGAAGCGCGCCAGACGCUUGUUCCCAGAGCCGCUACUCAGUUUCAAGGAGCUUCGAUCAAAGUACAAGAUUUCCUCGCGGCUGGCGGAAAACGUCGCAGAGCAAGGCUUUACAGUACCUACAGAAGUUCAGCUGGGAACACUUCCCUUGCUGCUCGGAGAGUCUUCUGAGCCAGAUCUCUUGAUUGUUGCGCCUACCGGAAGUGGCAAGACGUUGUCAUUCCUGAUUCCUGUGAUCAACAAAAUUGUUCGACACCACCACUCAAACCCUGACGAGCAUGGCAUCUUUUCCAUUGUUGUGGCCCCUACGAAAGAACUCGCGAGUCAGAUCGUCAACGAGGGCCGCAAGCUAGUGGCUGGAACCGGUGUGAAGAUUACUCUGAUGAAAAAGGGUAUGCGUGUGGGUGAUAGCAAUAACGCUGACGUUCUUGAGGAGAAGAGCGACGAGUCAUCUGGGUCAGAAGACGAGGAUGCCGACAGCAAACCAGCAAAAGAACAAGCCAACAUUCCACUCACAAAGAGUGACAUUUUGGUCACCACGCCUUUGAUGCUGGUCAAUGCACUAUCCGCAAACCGGACGACUACGAUGGCGACCCUGCCUCUUGUGCGGAGCUUGGUGAUGGACGAAGCAGAUGUCCUUUUGGACCCCUUGUUCCGCGAACAGACCCUCGAUAUCUGGAAGGCCUGCUCACACCCAGAUCUACGAGUCGGCCUUUGGUCAGCCACCAUGGGAUCAAACAUUGAGGACCUGACAAAAUCGACAAUCAGAGAACGACAAGAAGAGCUUGGACAGAAGCCAAGCGAGCCACAUGCGCUGCUUCGCUUGGUCGUCGGAUUGAAAGACUCGGCCAUCCCCAACAUCGAACACAAGCUCGUGUACGCAGCAACAGAACAGGGUAAACUCCUUGGACUCCGACAACUCCUUCGCCCAAGUGCAGCCUCUGCAUCUGACAUCCGCCUCCGACCACCCUUCCUCAUCUUCACCCAAACCAUCCCCCGUGCAGUGGCCCUCCACUCCGAAUUGAAAUACGACAUCCCCGCGGAAGCAGGCGGCUCAUCCCGGAUUGCCGUCCUCCACUCAGACCUCUCCGAUAUCCAACGAUCUGAGAUCAUGCGGGACUUCCGCAAAGGCGAGAUCUGGAUCCUCGUGACAACGGAUCUGCUCGCCCGUGGUGUCGACUUCCGCGGUAUCAACGGUGUCGUCAACUACGAUAUCCCCAAUUCGGCAGCUGUUUACGUGCACCGUGUUGGACGAACGGGACGUGCUGGCCGCGAAGGUGGUAUUGCCGUGACAUACUACACCAAGGAAGAUAUUCCCUACGUGAAGAGUAUUGCGAACAUCAUUGACGUAAGCGAGAAGCUACGUGGCAAAGAAGGCGACAAAUCUAUCCAGAAAUGGUUAUUGGAUGCUCUGCCAAAUUUGAGCAAGAACAGCAAGAAGGAUAUGAAGAAGCAUGGAGUUGAAGCCCGCCGGGCUCCCAGAUUGACCGAUAAGGAGGACGAUGGAAAGGGUGCUCGUGGCAUGAGAAUCAGUACUAAGAGUGGAUACGAGCGCCGCCUGGAGAACAAGAAGAAGGGCGCCAUUGCAGGCAGUCGGAACAGGAAGGCGGCUGCUGCGAAUGAUGGCAACGUGAGCGAUGCUGGUAGCUGGGCUGGACUGGAUUAA